AUGCGUGGCUUUAUCGUUCUAACCCUCUUGGCCGUGGCUCGUGCCGAUGUUGGUGGCUACAACUAUGCGGCGGGUAUUGGUGGCUCUUCGACGGGCAUAGGUGGUUCCAUCUCCGGAGGCUCUAUUUCCAGUGGAUCAUUGGGCUCUACUCAGAGUUACUCCAAUGAAUACGCCCCCGUCAACACCGAGUUCAACAAGGAGUUCUUUACCUACUCUGCCCCAGAGGCUGACUUCGAGGAUAACAAGAGUGUCAGUGACUUAGCUGCUUCGCUGAAAAAGAACCUCCGUGUGGUUUUCAUUCGGGCGCCGGAAAACAAGGGUCUGGAAAAUGCCGCUUUGUCUCUCGCCAAGCAGGCUGCUGAGCAGCAGACCGCCAUCUAUGUUUUGACCAAGCAGGGCGACCUUUCCAGCCUGGCUAACCAGCUCCAGAACCUUAACCGCGUGAGCGCCAGCAAACCAGAGGUUCACUUCGUUAAGUAUCGCACCCAGGAGGACGCCAUUAAUGCCCAGCGCACCAUCCAGCAGGAGUACGAGCGCCUGGGUGGAUCCUCCACCUUGCACAAUGGAGGUGUGGCUCCAGUGCUGGACUUUGCCACUAAACAGCAGGUGGCACAGUCAGUACCACUGAUUGACGAGCGCCGGGCGGGCGGCAUCAGCAGCUCCUCUGCCGGCAGCGUAUCCGCCGAGCUGGAAGCCGCCUCUUCGUCCUACAUUCCUCCAGCGGCAGCGGCUCCUGGAGCCACUUACCUGCCCGUGAACAAGGUCAAGUAGGUCGCCCAGACUCCCACUUAAUUUACAAAUUAGCCAAAUUGUGUAACACACUAGCCAUUUACUACUACGUUGUAA